AUGGAUGAGGCUGCGGCUGCACGGGGCCUCUCGCUCACACACCCCAACGCAGCACAAUGGAACCACGAACUUAUGCUUGAAUUCCAAGCAGCACUCGAAAAAGAUCCAGCGGCGGACCUGAUGUCAAUUGUCUCUGAUUCAUAUAGACGAGAACAUCGAAAAGCUCAGUAUUGCGAGCUCUCUUAUGCAGCAAAAAUUAAUCUCAGAACAGUCGAUGAGCUCGGCGAUCAACUCAAGCACAAGCCAGAAGUCAACUUGCUGGAUGUGUUUCCAAAGAAUUAUGUUCGCAGGAUUAAAAUGGCGACUGCCGGCCGUACAGCGCCGUCUGCGGAGGAUACUGAAAAACCGAGUCCUCCGGAGUUCCGCACACGUCUUGAUCUCGCUGACUCCGCCACGGUUGUCUUUCCAUUGUCUGAGACAGUUACCGCUCUUCUUGCGAGGUAUUCACACCCAGAGGAACCAGAUGGUGCAGAGCAAGCACUGAUUUCCUUCCUCAAACAACUGCUUUGGGACUCGCCCAAACUCUGGGAAAGCUCCAUCAGAGGCGUGGUCGUCAAGUGCAAUGAGGAAGUCGUUGCCAAAGUGAUUACAAGUGAUACCAAUGACACCACAGAGUACACGGCCAUGCAGUACCUCGCAGAACGCGCGCCCGACAUCCCAGCCCCCAAACCCCACGGCCUAAUCAGAUUCGGACCCUUUCGCGUUAUCUUCAUGUCAUAUAUUCCGGACAUGACAUUGGCGCAAGUCUGGUCCAGCCUAUCACCCAAGGAGAAAGUCUCAAUACAACAACAGCUAGAUGAUAUUUUCCGUAGAUUGAGGACCCUUCGCCAGGAGGAUGGCAAUGCACUUGGAGGUGUCAGUGGAGAAGGAGUGAAAGAGUACCGUGUCGAUGAAUGCGCCCGCUGGAAAGAUAUUACCACAGCCAGAGAGUUUAGCGACCUACAAUUCUCCGCGUGCCACCAUGGCAGCAAGACAUAUAUCAAAUUCCUCCGCUCUUUCCUCGAAGAUGAGAGUGCUACCAUGCGCGGAUCCGUGUUUACCCACGGUGAUGUCAGGAGGGAGAACAUUAUGGUGAAGCAGGAUCCAUAUAAUAACAACGCCUACGUGGUCACUGGUAUUAUCGACUGGGAAGAUAGCGGCUUUUAUCCCGAGUACUACGAAUGCACGAUGCUGACAUGUACUCUGAGCCUGGUAGAUGAGAAUGACUGGUACCUUUACCUUCCGGAGUGCAUUUCGCCGUUGCGAUUUCCUCUGCCACAGUUGCAAGAUGACAAGAAGUUGCCGUGCGGUACUAUGACUGAAUGA